AAAAGUUUUCACAGUGAUUUAUAGCUUUGUUGUUUGCCUUUUUAGUUGGAACUGAGGAAGAUCAAGAUGACUUUACAUCGAUCAAACGUUAACCAGGGUGAUGUGCAGGCCCUUUACCGCAAGUGCGCCUUUUUUGGCAUUUGUUUUAGUAUUUUUGUYGGCGCRAUGUAUUGCAUUUGGCCAUCGAGAACUUGUCCAAAUUCACCCGACCUUGAAGCCAAUCCAUCACAGAGCAUUGACUACUAUCACAGAUCAGGCCUAUCUACGAAAUUCAACGAUACAUACCCUUUAAGUMAACCCGAGAAAACUGCAAACGGUAUAAGAUACAGGAUUGGUGUGAUAGCUGAUCUAGACGAAAACUCGAAGUCAACGAAGACGAAGAACACAUGGACCAGCCAUUUCAAACGAGGCUAUCUGACUCUAAGCCCAGAUCGAAAGGUUUCUGUCGAAUGGGAUAAAGAGAUUGUAGUGUURUCGUCUACUUUAUCUCAGAAAGGCCGYGGAAUGGAGUUAUCUGAGCUUAUUGCUUUUAAUGGCAAGUUGUACGCCGUCGAUGAUCGCACUGGUGUUCUGUUCCACAUAAUGGAUAACCAUGUUGUAGCUUGGGUUGUACUCCCCGACGGAGACGGCACCGAAUCCAAGGGCUUCAAAGGAGAGUGGUUGGCUGUCAAGAGUAAGACUUUGUAUGUAGGGGGUCUAGGAAAGGAGUGGACAACCACUGAGGGGGUGUUUCAAAACCACAAUCCCCAGUGGGUUAAGAGUAUAGGUGCCAACGGCGAUGUCGUACAUCAUGACUGGGUCCCUAGAUACAAUGCUAUGCGUGCAGCCAUGGGAAUCAUGCCCCCAGGUUACAUAAUUCACGAAGCUGCAUGCUGGAGCAACAAGCAUCAACAAUGGUUUUUCCUCCCUCGCCGUGCRAGCCAUGAAUCUUACAAUGAAAAGGAUGAUGAACACAGGGCCACAAAUGUUUUGAUAAGCAGUGAUGAGCAUUUUAAAAGCGUCCAUGUCCGUACUGUUGGAGAGUUGAACCCAACACAUGGRUUCUCAUCAUUCAAGUUUAUCCCAGGGACGGAUGAUGAAUUGAUCGUAGCUCUGAAGACUGAAGAAGAUAAAGGAGUCAUUAGGUCUUAUAUCCUUGCCUUUGAUAUUCAUGGACAGAAAUUAAUGGAAGAAACAUUGAUUGGUGACAAUAAGUUUGAAGGCAUUGAGUUCAUUUGAUGAYAGUUGAUUCUAGCUACUAUUAUUUACUUACAAUAAUGCAUCUGUCAAUUGAAACCAAGGCCUCUGAACCCCAGCGUAAUAUUAGUGGCUAAACAAAUCACUUACUUUGAUUUAGACAUUACUUCUUCUGCCUUCACAUUGAUUGUGGUGUUAAAACAGUGUUAAUCCCUGGCUACAAGGUGUUAAUUACCCAGGUCUCAGGGUUUAAGGGRAUUUCAAUUUACUGAUGCUUAAUAACUUGUAUUACCAUUUACAUUCACAGGGUCAUAACAAAGGAUCAGGGAUCAAUAAAAUGGGAUCAAAGUGAUAGGAAUGUAAAAGAUCCACAUGGCAUUUACAGAACAGGGCCACUUUGAUAAAUAUACAUCAUUAGCUAAUAGUCUCCACGGUUCCCUGCACCAUCUUGAAAGGUAGCCAAGCCUUUGCAUCGAAGUGAGACAACUGUUGAGCRUGUAAUAAUAAAUACCUGUGAAUAAUUGUCUGUAGGUGUGAAAAAUGGUUUCUAUCAUUGCACACUCAACGGUCGUCUCGCUUGGAUGCAAAGACACGGCUACCUUUCAAGAUGGCACAGGUAACCGCGAAGAAGACUUUAUAUUGUACCAUUCAAAUCCAUUCAUUAAAAAAUUAGGAAUKCUGUAAUCUGUUUGGAUAAAGUUAUUAUUCCUAUCACCUGGAUUUCCAGUUAUUUGMUCAGAUAUUUGAAUGGUUUCUGGUUAAGGAGUUGCACUGUAAUGUUGUGCAAAAUGAUUGGUUGUCUGAAUUAACGUAUUAAAGAUUGCAUUCCUUGUCAUGACCCUACUGUACAUGCUUACCAUCAAAGUCUGUUUGAUAAUAUAAAAACAUCAAAAUAAAUUUAGUAGCAUUAAUGUACAGAUUCUCUUGCCAGAUAUAAGCAGUUGUCUUUACUCAUAAAAUAGCUUUCUUUAAAAGUAGCAUAAAUGCACACAUUAAAGCAAAGGAUAUCUUUAUUAAACUUUCUUAUAAAGAAUUUAAAAUGGCCACCCAUCUCUGGCCUAUGAUACACUGUAUAAACAAUGAUGAUACAAUGUACAGAUAAGAUGGAAGAUAUAAAGAUCACAACUGAAGCAAGUCUAGAAAUAUGAUUUCUAUAACUGUUUCUUUUCUUUCAAGGGUGCUCUCAAUCUCCCAUUGUAAAUCAAAGUACAACAACACAAGUAGCCUUUCAUAUUUUUUUGUCAAAUAUUUCUGUGACCAAGGAAGCCCUGUGUUUGAUCUCUGAUUUCYCAAACGUUAUAAGCAAAGUAUAGUGUUAUCCCUGAAUCAAUGAUACAUAUUGUASAAUUCAUCUUAUUUGUAUGUGAUCACAAACAUGAAACAUUUGUAAUACAAUUUGAUCAUAAAACCWUUCUCUAAUGAGAA